AAAGAAGAAAAGUAACAUCGGAUAAGAAAAAUAAAAGCAAUACGAUCAAGUUUUCGGUUGUCUAUUCUUAAAUUUAAUUAAGUAAAAUCGAGCCGUUUCUACCAAGGUAGAUUAAUUUUAAUCUCGGUAACUUACUGUUUAUUUUAUCCUAAUUUUUGGUACUAAAAUAUGAGAUAACAAGUUAAACCGAUCUCUAAUUUUGGUAGAAACAAGCUAUAGUUCGUCAACUUUACCACCUUAACUUAUCGAUAUUUAAGUCGAAGAAUUUUUAUCAUUUGCGAAAAUUUACAAAGUGUCUUCCUAAAAAUUAAAGACCGCAAAACGGGAUCAAAAACCGCACGGUCCUUGCAGACGAUUGGCUGUCACAGAGACGUGCGACCAACUGGACGACGCCAACGUGCUUUGUCUGUUGUUUUGUAUUCCUAAGAUAUUUGAUUACAUUUCGAGAAGGUUCGAGAGUAUCGGAGAAGGUUGCAGAAUUGCGAAUUUCAUAUUUCACACUCGGCCGUUUUGACACGAUACAUUCAAUAAGCGAUAAGCGGACACGAUGGAGGAGACGAAAACGGAGCACGACAUGAUGCCCAAACCGAAGAUAAAACACGAUUGGUACCAAACGGAAGCCAACGUGGUUGUGACGAUACUCGCCAAAAACACGGAAAACAUCAAGGUCCAGUACGGGGAGUGUACACUAAGUGUGUCCGCAAAGUUGCCAUCUGGUGGUGAAUAUAGCUUGGAGCUGGACUUGGCUAACUUUAUAGUGCCAGAAAAAUGUUCGCACAAGGUAGGACCAUCUAAGAUAGAAAUCCAGUUGAAAAAACGAGAUGGUAUUAGAUGGACGACAUUGGAAGGAAAUCCACAGAAAGAUGUAUGUAAAGUAAAACCAAUACCACGUGAAAUACUUCAAGCCGGCGAACAAUCAAACAAAUAUCCAAGCUCCUCUAAAAUAGUCAAGGAUUGGAAUGCAAUAGAAAAAGAAAUAACAAAGCAAGAGGCAACAGAGCAGAAUGAAGGUGAAGCUGCGGUGAAUGCUCUCUUCCAAAAA